AUGGAGCAAGCUCCGAAUUUGAUCACUUCAGCUUUGGUGGCUUCUCCUUCGGGCCCUCCUUCCCCUACCCCGGACAAGGGCCCUGCUACUUCAUCUGAUCUUUCCACAGCUCCCCCCAACCAUCCCGAGGCUGCACAAAGUGACCAAGUACCUACACAUCCUCCCGAGGGCAACUCCGUUACCGACCCAACCGACAGUUCAUCUUGGACCACGGUCGAACGGGCGUUUCAACAUGGUCUCGACCGUGAGAACUUUGAACAAGAGGUCGGACAAGUCAUGGGUACUUUCAAUAACUGGUGGGGCGGUGUUAAGAAACAGUCUGCAUCUGCUCUUCAGAUAAUCAAAGCCGAUAUCGACAAAACCAUCACUGUCGCUCAACAAGACUUGGAAUAUUUACGUGGUGCAAAAGUCGAAGUGAUACGUAAAGAUUCCUCCGAAAUCCGAGCGGAAAGAGAGGAACGAGUGUCCAAAUCUGAAUCUGAAGACAAGGGUAAGGGUAAAGAAGGAGAAGGAGAACAAUCAUCACCUAAAUCAGAAGAUACAUCGAAACUACUUUCAACAUCGGCUAGCUCUUUGUUCAAUAGACUUUCUAUAUCAGCCUCGCAAAUCCAAUCCACACUGCAAUCCACAAUCUCAUCAGCAACUACUAAUCCUACACUUUCAAACCCUUCUCAACUCCGUGCACAAUUGGCAGAAAACCUUCGACUUUCAUCAGCUCGUCAGAAUCUUCAAUUAUCGAUGAAACAAGCGGAAAAAUUAGCAGAAGAAUAUUUGAAAAAAGGUGAUCAAUGGGUUAAAGAUGCGGAGAAAUGGAUGGAAGAAGCUGUAAAGAUCGUACCACCCGAAUCGGAUAGAAUGAAUCAGAAUGUGAUGUUUGAUUCGAGAGAUAAAACUCCUAGAAAUUCAAUGUCAGGUGUUGUUUUGGCUGGAAGUAGGAAAGAAGCUUUGUUAAGGAGGUUGAGGGAGGAUAAAGAUUUAUUGUUGGUCGAUCCGGAAGGAGAAGGGGAGUCAAUGGAGAGGAAAGAAGAAUUUAGGAAAUGGGUCGAAGAGGAUUGGGAGAAGGAAGGAUCGAAAGGAAGGGAAGAAGAGGAAGGUCAUGUGGGUGGGGUUAGAAUGGCUUUGGUGCCUGAACAGCUUACGGAUGAACAAUUCUGGCAAAGAUAUCUUUUCCACAAACAUAUGAUCGAAGCGGAAGAUGAGAAACGUAAAAAGUUACUUCAGGCUUCUCAGCAAGUUCAAGAAGAUUUCUCAUGGGACGACGAAACGGACGAAACUCCCCCUUCUUCAGCUCCAUUAGCACAAUCCACUUCUACCCUCAAACCUCAUCCUUCUCCCAAGAAAAACCUCCAUUCCACGCAGACGGAAGACCUACCCACUCCCAAACCUCAACUCAGCACCACCAUCCCCGCCCACGUUCAAGUCUCUGUCAAAUCGGGCACUUCCACACAGACCAGUCCACGUGAUUCAGAGGAAAGUUAUGAUCUCGUCAGUGAUCAAGGUCAAAAACCCAAGCCUCCUGUAGAAGAUGAGGAAUCGGAUUGGGAAUGA